GGCUGGGCGGGAAGGAACGGAGGGCAUCGGCUCCUUCAUCAUCCACAACCGACCGAGCAGCACCGCAGAGAAGCACCGGAGGACAUCCCACCACCUCACCCCGCGUCUCCUCUGCGCUCCAGAACCAAGCUGUCGGUCCAUCUUUACCCCUCUCCCCUCUCUGUAAUAGGCUAUGAUGAGCUCCAGUCUGUUGGAAAACCCUGUGCAGGCGAUUCUGUACCUGCGGGAGCUUACGACCAUCGUGCAGAACCAACAGAGCCUCAUCCAAACCCAGCGCGCUCGGAUUGAGGAGCUAGACCGGCGAGUGGACGAGCUGAUCGGCGAGAACAGGCACCUCCGGGACGUGAGGGUCCAGCAGCAGCUCCCCUACUACCACCACCACCUGCAUCACCAUCAUCCAGACCCGACCUGCCAUCACCACCAACAGAACCAGGACAAGGCGAGUCCAGCGGUGGAGAAUGCAGGCUCGCCAGCCUCGGAUGCGGUUCCCGCGGUCCCAGCACCCCCUUCUCAACCACCUCUGGACCCCGGAGACAUGCAGCUUGUUCCCGCAGACCCCUCCACUGUGUCCCCCGUGGAGAGUGACCCAGAUAAUGGGAGCAACUGUCCGAGCUGUCGUUCCUUGGUGCCCAUGACCCCUACCACCCUAUGCCGUUCUUUGGCUUUGGCGAGAAAAUCCGAGAGUGAGACUGUGCUGCAUCAGUUCUGCUGUCCUGCCCCGGAGCACCCUGAGGCCCCCGACUCUACUGGAUCAGCAGGUGCACCCUUGCUGAGCCUGGAAGAUGGGACGUCAUCAUGUGCACAGCCAGUGGAGGGGACCAAGAGAGAGGGCCCCAGCGAGUAUGAAAACAAGAACAAGCAGAUAGAAGAAUUGGAGCUGAAGUAUGGGGGCCACCUGAUAGCGAGACGCGCAGCCUGUCGCAUUCAGACGGCGUUCCGCCAGUACCAGCUCAGCAAAAACUUCCAGAAGAUCCGGAACUCCCUGUCCGAGAGCAAGCUUCCCCGCCGGAUCUCCCUGCGUCAGCCCAGUCCCUCAGGCCGCAGCCGCAACUCCACCCAGAGGCACAGUUACACCCUGCACCCUGGGGGUGGUCCGGUGCCCAUGCGCUCCAAGACCCCCCCUCCUCCGCCCUGUCGCUCCACCUCUCUGCCCCCCUCCCCCGCCUCAGCACCCAACGCACCGCCCACCUCCACCGCACCGCAGCCCCCUCCACAGACACCUGGGCCCUCCCUCACCCAGUUGGAGGACUGCUUCUCCGAACAGCUCCACUCUCUGGCCCAGUCGAUCGACGAGGCCCUGCGUGGGUGGAGCCUGUCUGGAGAGGCUGGAGAGGGGAAAGGCCUGCUCAUGGACCCCGGGGCCCUGCGGGUGGCAGCAGAGAGCGCAGCUCUGCCUCGUAGUGCCAGCUCUCUGCUCAUGGCCUUCAGAGACGUCACUGUUCACAUAGACACCAACAGCUCCUACACCAUCUCCUCUGCCACCACCACCACUACUACGACCUCACUGGGCACAGCCGGAGGAGCAGCUCCAGGUAGCAGAAAGACCUCCGUUAGCUGUGUGGGGGAUGACGAUGACUUCCCAGCCCCUCCACCCAGCGAGGAGUUGGAAAUAGGGGACCCAGGCUCCAGAAGGGGGUCCGCAGUGCCAUUAUCCGGAGGAGCAGGGGGGCUUGAAGGGGAGGUGGGUUCCACGAGUACCUCUACCUCCACAGCAGUCUCCACGGGGACCCAGUCCACCCAGCAGCCCGCUCAGAUCUACACUCAGUACCAGCAGUACCACUACACCCACCCCCCGCAGGCUCCCGGGGGCCCCACUCCUGAGUCUCUGCAGGCCCUGGUGGUAUCAGUGCCCAGGGACCGCUGCCAGGACCCUGCCUUGUGUCGCUCUCCCACCCUGUCCACAGACACGCACCGCAAACGCCUCUACCGCAUCGGACUCAACCUCUUCAAUGUGAACCCAGAGAGGGGGAUCCACUUCUUGAUCACGCGUGGCUUCGUCCCAGACACGGCCAUCGGAGUGGCUCAUUUCCUGCUGCAGAGGAAAGGCCUAAGCAGACAGAUGAUCGGAGAGUUUCUGGGCAAUGCUAAGCUGCAGUUCAACAGAGAUGUUCUUGACUGCGUGGUGGACGAGAUGGACUUCUCUGGGAUGGAGCUGGACGAGGCACUGAGGAAGUUCCAGGCCCACGUGAGAGUCCAGGGGGAAGCGCAGAAGGUGGAGCGGCUCAUCGAGGCCUUCAGCCAACGGUACUGCAUGUGUAACCCAGACGUGGUGCAGCAGUUCCAUAACCCGGACACCAUCUUUAUCCUGGCCUUUGCUGUGGUCCUCCUCAACACAGACAUGUAUUCCCCGAACAUCAAGCCCCAGCGCAAGAUGGGCCUGGACGACUUCAUACGCAACCUACGGGGGGUGGAUGACGGAGCAGACAUCCCCAGGGACAUGGUGAGUGGUAUCUACGAGAGGAUCCAGCAGAGGGAGCUGCGCUCCAAUGAGGACCAUGUGACCUACGUGAGCCGUGUAGAGCAGUCCAUUCUCGGACUCAAAACCAUCCUGGCCGUGCCGCACAGGCGUCUGGUGUGCUGCUGUCGGCUCUUUGAGGUCCCUGAUGCAAACAAAGCUCACAAACAGAAGCUGUCGCAGAUGCAGAGGGAGGUGUUCCUCUUCAACGAUCUACUGCUGAUCCUCAAGCUGUGUCCUAAGAAGAAGAGUGCCGCCUGCUACACCUUUUGCAAGGCCAUGGGUCUGCUGGGCAUGCAGUUCCACCUCUUCAGUAACGAGUACUACGCCCACGGCAUCACCAUGAUGAGCCCUUUCACCUCGGAGAAGAAGCAGCUGGUGAGCUUCUGCUCGCCUAGCGGAGAGGAGCUGCGCAAGUUUGCAGAAGAGCUGAGAGAGGCCAUUGCCGAGGUGAACGAGAUGGAGCAGAUCCACAUCCAGUGGGAGCUGGAGAGGCAGCAGGGCAUCCAACAUGGCAUCCAUACCAAUGGAGGCCAGGUGGAGCACACAGGCCAUGGCUCGCCCUCAGGUGCACAGGAAGUUUAUGACAAAACCGGCAACAACAACACAGUGGAGGUGUCAAUUCACAACAGGCUGCAGACCUAUCAGCUGAGCCAGCCCGCCAUUGAGUCGGCCCCCCUGGCUCUGACGGCACCCCCUGCCCUGCUCAGCCCCGUCCAGGCCGGAGAGCUGCGCCCAGAGACCCUGAUCCAGUGCCAGCAGAUUGUCAAGGUGAUCGUGGUGGACCAGAGUGGUAGAGGACGUAUGGAGGCUUUCCUGAGCCAGGGCCCAGCCACACACCAGCUCAUCCAGUCUGCUUUAUCCACCCCUGUGCGUGUGCCCAGUGAUGGCCCCCAGCCCCCGCUGCCUCCCCCUCCUCCUCCCUACAACCAUCCUCACCAGUUCUGUCCCCCAGACUCCCCCAUGCCCCUGCACCACACCAUGCCUCUGAUCCGCCGACGCAACUCCAGUGGCUCACGCAGCAUCGUCUGAGAGCACUUUACCCUGUCUGCGACAGGAGCAGACACACUGUAGGAGGCAGGCAGGAGCUCCUCAUUACAGGAACUGUUUUUGAACCCCACUGACGCUGAGCCCAUUUCCAUCAGAGCAGGCCCAGGGGCAGAUGUGCUUCUGU